UUUCUGCAUUUCACAGUUUCGAAAUUCCACAAGUUUAGCACAUUGCGGAAAGUUUAUAUAUUGGCCUUCCAAUAUUAGCUUUCAUUGGGCCCACCAAUGUCGCUUUCGAUGGCAUCAGUGUGUCCUGUGGCAAUUUUUAUGUUUGAGGAUUCUCUGCCCUCGAAGUUUGAUGCUGGUCAGCGUUUCUGAUAACUUCCGAUCAUGUCCAAUCUUUUUAUUUUGAGGAUUCAGUAUCUCUGGUAGGUUGUUCGUAUACUUGAAGAACCUUGUUGGUUCCGUGUAAUUAGUUUCCAAGUGGUCGAGAUUCUGCGUCGUGAUGUGGUGCGACUUGUUUAGUGUCACGGUUCAGAAAUGUGGACGCCGGUGAAGGCCGGCGCGCAGUGCGAGCAUGGGAGGCAGCUUUGAGUUUCUUCUGUUUCAGCACCUGACGAUGACCAAGCUAAGGCGGUCGAAUGCGCCUCUGUAGUGUUGUAGGAAUGGGAUAUGAUUGGAAGAAGCAGUAUGGAUUCAUCAUACUGUUUCUAUCACUUGCGAUGUGUGCAGCAUCUGCUGAAAUAGAUCGGAAAACUGCGAUUUGUGAAUAUAAUAGGACAAAAGCGCUCAAUCUUGUGGAGUAUGCAUCUGCGGUUUACACAAUUGACGACCUGUCACUUCUAUCAUGGACAUGUUCCCGUUGCAAAGGUUUGACCAAGGGUUUCAAGAUCCAUACACUAAUCGUGGAUGUUCAACAUUGUCUUCAGGCUUUUGUGGGUGUGGCGGAAAAUUUGGAUGCUAUUGUAAUUGCUUUUCGUGGAACUCAGGACACCAGCAUCCAGAAUUGGGCCGAGGACAUAUAUUUCAGAGAGCUGGAUCUGCAUUAUCCAGGAGUAAUUGAUGCAAUGGUACAUAGUGGGUUCUAUGCAGCUUAUCACAACACAACACUACGGGAGCGAGUUUUUGAUGCAAUACAAGCCAUUCGGCAAGCUAGGAGUGACCUUGGUGUUAUUAUAACAGGACAUUCUAUGGGAGGGGCAAUGGCUACCUUCUGUGCACUUGAUCUUUCUGCGAAUUAUGGCUUUAAGAAUGUCGAGGUCAUUACGUUUGGGCAGCCUCGUGUGGGAAAUUAUGCUUUCGCACUGUACUAUAAUGCGUAUGUCCCAUUGACAAUCCGUGUGACGCAUGCACAUGACAUAGUACCUCAUCUGCCCCCUUAUUAUCCAUUGUUGGGAGAAAAGACUUACCAUCACUUUGCUACUGAGGUCUGGAUAUUUAGAGUUGCUGUAGGCCGGCUGCAAUACGAGUUUGAGCGAGUUUGUGACGGCUCUGGCGAGGAUACUUCCUGCAGCAGGUCUACUCCUACAGCUCAGAUCGUUAUGUUGCACAUAUUCUGCAGAUCUGUAACUGGCAACAGCAUUGCUGACCAUCUUAAUUAUUAUGGCGUUUAUUUAAAAACUGAAGACGAUGUAAUGGCUUUACAAAACAGCUCAAAUGGGCAAACGUUGGGAUUAGGCUGUAAGACCAGGUCUCUGUGGGAGCGUUUCCCCGCAAUGGCACAGGAAUGAAGCAUCGUCCAUUUAUCGCAGGAUGAUAGUCACGUUUUGUCCGCAGGCCUUGAUCAGUUGCAAAUCAUCUAAACUGAAUAAGAGACGCUUUUUAUGGAUUACAUCACUUCAAACAGAAGAUGAAAGUGGACAUACGAAACAGUCUCCCAUUCCCUAUGAUGUGGAUGGCUCCGAUUCUGGGUUCAAGUACUGCUCUUAGGAUGGCAUAGAUCCUUCCGGAGUAUAUGGGUCACUAGAACUGCUCUAGUGUGCAUCACAUGGAAGCCAGUAGCUGGGGUUGUUUCCUGUUGUAAUGAAUUUCUAGCGAGAUUACCCAUUUGAGAGUAACUCAUUUGUUGUACAUAAUUAUUCUUAUUGUUUUAAUAAUAGGUCUCGCCUGAUAUAAUGGCGAUGCUCUGAUGGAAUUCUUCCAUCAAAUGUGAAAGCAAGGCUGACAACUUGGUCUAGGAUGAUGAAACAGAUCUGGCCUUGCCUUGCACUCUUUGUAAAAGCAAUGUAUUCUACACUGAAUUUGCAUCCACAAUCUUAA